ACUUCUCACUGCCAGGCUCAGCCCAGCUCUGAGGCAAGGACUGGCCCUGAGCGCGAGUGCAGUUGGACUUCAGAUGCUCUGCAGAAACCCAAGACCCGGGAGAUGCAGCCCAAGUUCGUAAGCAGUCCCAAGAGCACCAUGCCUCAGGCGGUCGAAGCCAAGCUAACAAGCUAGACAACCGUCCAGCAAGGCGGCUGCAUCAGUCGCGAGCACUGAAGCACAGUAGCCGGCCGAGAGAGUGCGUAGUCAGGCUCCAUCCAGGGCUUCCCUGACCAAGACCCAACUCCAACCAAAAUAAAUUGAGCAACCAACAGAAAACCUCCAUCUGAGUGCCAUGCCAGCAGUGAAAAAAGAGCUCCCGGGCCGCGAGGACCUGGCCCUGGCCCUGGCUACCUUCCACCCGACUCUGGCCGCACUGCCGCUGCCACCACUGACCGCCUACUUGGCGCCACUGCCUGCUGCAGCAGCCCUUCCCUCGGCCGCUUCGCUGCCCGCCUCAGCCUCCGGCUAUGAGGCACUGUUGACUCCUUCACUCUGCCCCCCGCGCGCUUACCUAAACCUGCAUGAGGCCGCGCCUCAUCUCUACUUGCCCAGAGACCCGCUGGCCUUCCAGUACUCAGCCACCGCAGCCGCGGCUCCGGAUUUCCAGCCGCUGAUAGACAAUGGUGAGCCGUGUAUCGAGGUGGAGUGCGGUGACAAUCGCGCGCUGCUCUACGUACGCAAACUCUGCCAGGGCAGCAAGGGCCCGUCUAUCCGCCACAGAGGCGAGUGGCUCACACCCAACGAGUUCCAAUUCGUCAGCGGCCGCGAGACGGCCAAGGACUGGAAGCGCAGCAUCCGCCACAAAGGGAAAAGCCUGAAGACGCUUAUGUCCAAGGGGAUCCUGCAAGUGCACCCCCCGAUCUGCGAUUGUCCAGGCUGUAGAAUAUCUUCGCCCGUGAACCGUGGACGACUGGCUGACAAGAGAACAGUCACUUUGCCCCCUACACAUGCACUAAAGAAAGAAAGAACACCCAGUUUCUCAGCCAGUGAUGGUGAUAGUGAUGGAAGUGGCCCAGCCUGUGGGCAGCAGCUGAGCCUGAAGCAAGAGGAUGAUCCACAUAUCCAUAUCAUGAAGAGAAGAGUCCACACCCACUGGGAUGUGAAUAUUUCCUUCAGAGAAACAUCCUGCAGCCAGGUCAACAACCUCCCCACCCUUAUAUCCAGUGUACAUCGAAGCCGCUGCCUCGUUAUGCCUGAGCAUCCAAGACACUGUGACUUCCAGAGAGGCAACGUGGAGAUUGGCCUUGGACCUGGAGGUGACCUGUUGGGCAAGAGGCUGAGCUGCUCCUACAUUACCAGUGACUGUUCUUCAGAGAAGAAGGCCCGAAGCAAGGCCCCCCAAGAGACUUUGCUGCUUCCAGAGCUGGAGUCUACAAUGGCCCCUGAGGACCAUUACCAUCAGCUCAUGUCAGCCCUGAGUGAGGCUGCUCCUUUUGAGGAAACCCAACGUCUCUACCACUUGGGUAUCCCCAGCCACGAUCUGCUAAGGGUACAGCAGGAAGUGGCAACUGCAACAUUGAGGGGUCCCAGUAGCUUGGAAGCACACCUGCCCUCAACUACAGCAGGCCAUCGACGGAAGCAAGGCCUAGUUCAGCACCGGGAGGGAACAGUUCCAGCUGCUACCACAUCCUUCUCUGAAAGGGAGCUGUCACAGCCACCCCCUUUGCUGUCGCCCCAGAAUGCCCCCCACAUCACAAUGGGCUCCCAUCUCCGGCCUUUUUUGGGGAUGCCUACAGCUCUGUGUCAGACCCCAGGUUACAGCUUCCUACCCUCUGCCCAGGCUGAGAUGUUAGCUCGGCAGCAGGAGCUUCUACGGAAGCAGAGCUUGGCUCGGCUGGAGAUGUCUGAGUUACUUAGGCAGAAAGAACUGGGCAGUGCUCACCGGCCACAACUACUGGUGCCAGAGAUGGCUUUGCAUAUUCCUGAGGGAUCCGACGAGCUCCAGCGACGUGGCUCCAUGCUGGUUUUGAAACACAGCUCAGCACCACUACUGGCCCUGCCACCCCAGGGACCUCCAGGCCCAGGACCCCCUAUCCCAGCCAAGGAGUCUGUCCGAAGCCAGUCCCAAAAGGGGAGUCUUGGUGCUGCCUCAGCCCAGCCCAGCGAACCUAAGGAGACGACAGGGGCUGGCCUCUGGGCUCAAGAUGUCUCUGAAGAGCCAUCCAAGGACUCAGAUGGAGAGGACCCUAAGAUAGCAGCUGCCAGGGAAGGGGCCUCUACUCCCAGCCAAGUCCCAACAGGAGGGACCAGAGCAGAAGGAAAAGGGCUUCUAUCAGGGUCCACACUGCCCCUGGGAUUCCCCUGUGAGGCAGUCAGCCCCUACUUCCACACAGGUACCAUGGGGGGGCUCUUCACUGAUGAGGAGACCACAGCCCCUGAGGAUGUCAACAAGUGGACUGUAGAUGAUGUCUGCAACUUCGUGGGGGGCCUUUCUGGCUGUGGCGAGUAUGCCAGGGUAUUCAGAGAACAAGGAAUAGAUGGAGAAACUUUGCCUCUACUGACAGAAGAGCACCUUCUGAACACCAUGGGACUGAAGCUAGGGCCUGCCCUCAAGAUCAGGGCACAAGUGGCCAAGCGCCUGGGCCGUGUCUUCUACAUGGCCAGCUUCCCUGUGGCCCUGCCACUGCAGCCACCAAGCCUGCAAGCACCUGAGCUUAGCCCAGGACAGCAACCCCUGUCCCCAGCAACCACCACCUCCCCAUAUGAAGGGACCCACUUGCCCACAGGCCAAGCCUCACCCAAGCAGGAAAAUGGAUCAGGGACCAUAGCUCUGCUUCCAGGGGCCCCAGACCCUUCCCAGCUUCUCUAAUGAUCUAGCAGGCAACCAUAAUUCUCCCUAAUACCCACUGAAAUUGCUCACCCCACCCACAGGGUAUUUCCCUCUUUUAGAUGCAAAAACGCAAAGAGUAUUUUUAAAAGAAAAACAUAUGGCUUAAGAAGAAAGUAACGGAUUUACCUUCUAGGGGUAACUGCAGUGGUCUGCAAACAAACCAAAGACAGACAAAGUGGAGAGGCCAUGGAGCCACCCUCCCCACUCUGAACUGGGACAACUCUGCAGGUCAGGGUCAGCCUCCUGCUUGGGGCAGCAGAAGGCUCUGCAGAAACAGUUUCCUUUCAGGGUCAAAAUGGCUCUUUGUAUAUCUGUUCUGUUGUGCUAUAACAAUAAAAUCCUGUUUAAUGUU